AUGGCAGAUGAAGCACCAGAACCGAUUCGAAACAUCGGUAAAGUUCGAAAGUUUGUUGUUGGCACUGACUUCGAAGCGUAUGCCGAACAACUGGAAUUCUUUUUCGUAGCAAAUAGCGUGACUGAUGCUAAACAAAAGAAAGCUGUCCUGUUGACGAAUAUGCCUGCAGAAACCUACCAGUUAACAAAGGAUUUAUUUGCUCCACAUCUACUAAAAGAGGACACGAUCACGUACGAAGCGAUAGUCGAGCGACUUCAGAAACAGUUAAAGCCCCAGAAAUCAGCAUUAGUAGCCAGAUACGAGUUUGAUAAUCGAGCGAGAAACGCGGGAGAGACGGUGAGUGAAUACGUAGCUGUUUUAAAACAUUUAGCUACAGAAUGUAAGUUCAACGAAACGAUGCGUUUAGAGCGACUUAGAGAUCGGUUAGUAUCUGGUAUUCGUGACAGAAAAAUGAUGUCAGAACUCUUAAAACUUAAGCUCGAAGAACUGACCUUUGACACAGCCGUUGCUAAAUGCAUCGCUAUUGAACAAUCAUGUAAGGACGUUGAAACUAUGCAAGGGGGGAGAGAUUCAAACCAUACGAAUAAGGAAUCAGAUUCAGUGAAUUUGUUAAAUAAACCUGAAGAGCAAAACAGGAAUGCGAAAGCCAAGAAAGGAAGGGACGCCUCUCCUUCCCCUGCAGACCCCAAGUGUUACCGUUGUCAUGGUGAUCAUCAGCAUAAAUCCUGCCCCUUUAAAAAUGCAAUUUGCCAUUAUUGUAAGAAGAGCGGUCAUAUUCGGAGAGCUUGUAGAAAACGAAGCAAAGAAACACAUAGUUUCAAACCCCCAGUAAAUCACAUUGAUGAUGAUGAUGAUAGUGACAGUGAUGAUUACCUGGCUAGUUUAGAAAUAAAUAAAGUGGGAAACAAAGAUAACGUAAUAUGGGUAACCCCCAAAGUUGAAGGAACACCCUUAAGAAUGGAACUAGACACAGGCUCUGCAGUUUCAGUUAUCCCGUAUCAGUUAUACAGAGCUAAGUUUAGUCACAUAAAGCUACAGAGAAGUCAAAUCACACUUAAAACUUACACAGGGGAAAAGCUGUAUCCAAAAGGGAAAAUCAACUGUAGAGUUAGUCUCGAUGGCCAGACAAGACAGCUAGAUAUUCAAGUUAUUGAGUCCCCGGGGCCAGCGUUAUUUGGGCGUGAUUGGCUUUCUGUAAUCAAACUAGACUGGGGCGAGAUCAAAGCCCUUAAAGUAAACCAAGCGACAGACAAUGAGACACAGGGUAAGGUAAAUAACCUUUUGAAAAAGUAUAAAAGUGUGUUCGAUGAUGAUUUGGGCACCUUGAAGGGACACCAAGCUGACCUCAAAUUAAAAGAGAACUGUCGACCCCGAUACUGUAAGGCACGACAGGUGCCAUAUGCCUUGCGACCUAAGGUAGAAGCCGAGCUAACACGCCUUGAAAAGGAAGGGAUUCUAAACAAGGUGGAACAUAGUGAGUGGGCAACCCCUAUUGUACCUGUGGUCAAACGAAAUGGCUCAGUACGAAUAUGUGGGGAUUUCAAAGUCUCUGUUAACCCGGUUUUAAUCGCAGAACAAUACCUUUUGCCCCGUAUCGAGGAUAUUUUUGCCAAUCUGGCUGGGGGUAAGCAUUUUACCAAAUUAGACUUACGCCAAGCCUAUCACCAAAUGGAGGUCACUGAAGAGACACGAAAGUAUUUGACUAUUAACACACAUAAGGGUCUAUUUCAGUAUCAGCGGUUAGUUUUCGGUGUGACGUCAAGCCCAGCAAUUUGGCAACGUGCCAUGGACCAGGUGUUACAGGGUAUACCUGGAACACAAUGCAUCCUUGACGACAUGAUAAUUACCGGAAAGUCCAAUGAAGAGCACUUAGAACGGUUAGAGGAAGUUCUAAAGCGAUUACAAGAGGCAGGUCUGAGAGCAAACAAAGAGAAGUGUGAAUUCUUCAAGGAGAAAGUUGUGUUUUGUGGCCAUGAAAUUGAUGCCAAUGGUUUACACAAAACCCAAGAGAAGAUCGAGGCAGUAGUGAACGCCCCUAGGCCCGAGAAUGUGUCACAAGUUCGAUCCUUCCUAGGACUGGUAAAUUACUAUAAUCGGUUUCUCCCCAACGCAGCUUCAGUUCUUCACCCACUACAUGUAUUGCUUCAGAAAAGUCACAAGUGGAAGUGGACUGAACAAUGUGAGAAAGCUUUUAAAAAUGCCAAGCACUUGAUAACCUCUGACCUAGUCCUAACCCACUACGACACAACGCUUCCAGUUAAGAUCGCAUGUGAUGCUUCACCAACCGGAAUUGGUGCAGUGUUGUCGCAUGUUAUGGCAGAUGGAAGUGAAAGACCAGUGGCUUUUGCAUCCAGAUCCCUCACCAAGACGGAGCGCAAGUACUCCCAGAUUGACAAGGAAGCACUGUCAAUUGUAUGGGGGGUCAAGAAGUUUCACAUAUAUUUGUAUGGGCGACGGUUUACACUAGUCACUGACCAUAAACCUCUGACAUCCAUUUUCCAUCCAGAAAAAGGAAUACCCAUAAUGACGGCCACAAGACUCCAACGCUAUGCAUUGUUCCUAGCUGGAUUCGAAUACGACAUUGAGUACAAGAAUACGAAAGAACACUGUAAUGCAGAUGGUCUAUCACGACUACCACUGCCAAUGACGGAGAAAGAGGAUACAGCUGUGGAUGCAGCUGACGUGUUUCAUGCAACCCAGUUAAACAUUCUCCCAGUCACCAGUGAAUCGGUAGCUAAAGAGACAAAUCGUGAUCCCAUAUUAGCCAGAGUUUAUGAUUCAAUAGUUAAAGGUUGGUCAGCACGUUUCGAGGGAGACAAGCCCUACCAUGACCGACAGAGUGAACUUACAGUUCAUCAAGGUUGUAUCCUUUGGGGAAUGAGAGUGGUCAUCCCUAGCAAGUUGCAAGAGAGAAUUCUGCGAGAGCUACAUGAUAGUCAUUUGGGUAUCGUCAAGAUGAAGGCCCUAUCACGAAGCUAUGUGUGGUGGCCAAACAUCAACCAACAGUUGGAGAACGUAGCGAAAACCUGUAGUG